CUGGUUCUGCUGCAACACAACAUGAGCUGAAGCACAGAAAGGCAAAGUAAUCCUGUAAUCAGUGAACCAAAGAAAAAAACAUGAACUAGAUAUGAUCCAAUAUCAUAAAUCUGCCAAAUCUAAGCAAACAGAUUUAUGUUAUGCACUCUGGCUCUCUCAGGGUGCUGCAAUACAAGCUCUUAUUUAAAUGAGAGUUUGAUGGCACAGAAAUAUACCAUUAAACAUGUAAACAUUGCAUUUUGUUAUGGCAAGAAUAAAUACCACAUACCUAUGAGCCCAAUAACUUCUUAAUUUACCUGUUACUGUGAGAAAUAUCAACAUGUAAUGUCACUGUCAUUAUAGUAUCAUUAAGGAAAAGUGAGGAGAGUUUGCACUGGUUCCCCAGGUAAGUAAUGACUAACGAAAUGUACUAGGUGAAGCAAAGACAUUUGCAUCAAUUUUAUGUGCGCCCGUGGCAUUUCAGGGCUUCUGCUUUAUGGAGUUGAGAGACCUUGCAUCACUGAUAUGUUUUCUUACUCCAGAAAUAAGCAGGAGCCUCUCUUUAUGUGAUGAAUUUGGCAGCGCUGCUGAGCUGUCUAGACUGCCCUGUCUGCGGGAGGAGAUGUGGUUUCAUGCCAGAUGGCUCUCCUCCUCUCUCUCCUCUCUUCCCACACAACACAUGCUCCAAUGCUUUCGUUUCAAGGAGUCCAGCUCAGCUGAGGAACCACAUCUUCAGGUGCCACUACCCCUUGCUUACCUAAACACAGCCAGGGAAUAUCCUUCAAGCCUGCACAGCGAUUGCCUGUGCUUUACAGCAGACUCUUGGAGAAACAGCUUACAGGAGAGCUGUAUUGUUUUUAUAAGUAUAUAGUGCAUCCAACACCGAGACAGUGCAGAAAUGCUGUAUGUUAAUUUUAUCUAUGGAGAAUUCCCUAAGUACCUGUCAAGUGCACAGGACUUCUAAUCUGAAUAUCUUUUAAAGAGCAGUAAAGCAUAAUGGGACAUAGCAAUAUAAAUCUGAAUAAUUCAUACUAGACACCAGGGUCUGAUUUUAUGCUGAGCAGGUAAAACUGACUUAAGAGAGAAUUUGCCAUUGUGGUCGGGAAGCCAGUUCCUGAAAACAGAGCUUCCUUUGAGGUAACAGGGGAAGAAAGAUAAGAAGCUUCAGCUGCUGAAGGAAGAAAGGUUUGGUAGCUCAAUGAAAAUGAGGAGCACAUUUUUAGUUGAGAUUUUGCAUUUUCCCAUGCGUGUUACCAAUGUACUAACACAAGGCUCCUGCCCUGGGUCCCUUACCUGAGUUGAAGUCUGAGCUUGCUCUCAGUGCCCAAGAAGUGCUGCAGAGCACAACAGCAGGCUGCAAAGCAGGGCCAGGGUUUGCAAGCUGAGCUUUUUCUUUCGCUCCCUGCUCAGCAGCUCCACGGUUAAUGAUCAGAACGAUUUAAAGAAAAAAACCCCAAACUGAAUGCUGAUAGUGUUUAGGACUGGAAUCAGCAACAGGGAGCACUCCUGAUUUUGCUGCAUGAACCUGGUGUUUGCUCAGACAUCCCGUGCUUCUGGUUCCUUCAUCUCAAAAGGAGCACAGGUAAUUUGUAGGACAAGGCCUCAAGGACAAGAGUCCAAGUACUGAUAGCCUGAUGAAUAGAGACUUGUUAGAACUUGUAGGGCACAAGCCCUGGGAACAAAGGAGCAAGCUAACUGCAGGCCGCUGAGCCGUUACAGUUGAGGAGGCAACCAGACGGACAGAGAAACAAGUAGCCAGAUAAGGGAACGGAUGGCACCAAUAUGUAACUUUGUUAAUCAAGAAAGCCGCGUAGAAAGAAACCCCCUAAUUUUGGAAUAGAAACUGUUGCUAUGUCGAGGUAAACUAGUAAGUUCCUAUUGUUCUAACGGUGUGCCUUAAAUAUCAACCAAUCAGUGUUUUUUACGCUGAAGAUUUAACCAAUCAGUGUGUAAUAUGUAGAAGGUAGAAACGUAUAUAAUUGUAAGAAAAUCACUAAUAAAUGGACAACUUGCUUGCAUCAAGCUGCAUCCCGUCUCUUCAUUCGCCGCAGUAAUUGGGAUGUCCCACACUCUGGUUCGCUUACCAGUGAUCCUGGGCACGUGUGGCAGGGGCAAGCAUGUCUGAAUUCAGCUGGUUGGUUUCUUCCCAGUUCCCUCAAUUAUUUACUUCCAAAUAGAAACAGACCAUAACAGAAAGAGAAAACAGCAUGCUAGCUAUCGCACUCGGUCAGAGCAGAGCAGAUACCAGGAGGACCCUUCAAAUUCUUUGGCCGAUGACAGGUUGACGCUAGCUUCAGCUUCUUUCUGACCCUAUGCUUCCCUUUCUUGAUCAAAAUCACCCAUUUUUCCACUAUCUGUUCCAGACAACAGUGACUUCAUCAGCCAAGACCCAAGGGACCAUGGGCAGCAAGAACAGCCCUCUCGCCUUGGAUGCUGACCCACAAGACAGCACUGAUGUUGGUGGAGAUGAGAUAAACAUAUGUUGCUGCUCCUGUGGAAGGAAGGGUGUCCAAGAAGUUUUCAUUGUUACAGCAUAUUCCCACGCAGCGAGGAAGCUUGUUCCACGGUUGGCUUGUGUGAUACAUUGGACAAGCACUGGGCCAAGAUACAGCAGCAAACCUCCUGCCAUUCCUUGAUGCGCAUCCAGUGUGCUCCCUGGAAGGACAAUGCCUGCUGCACAGCCAACACUAGUUCAGAAGCCCACAAGGACCAAUCCAACCUGUACAGAUUCAACUGGAACCAUUGUGGCCUGAUGCCAUCUAAGUGCAAGCGCCACUUCAUCCAGGACACAUGCUUGUAUGAGUGCUCACCCAACCUGGGGCCCUGGAUUGACCAGGUUGACAGCAGCUGGCGUCGGGAGAGGAUUCUUCAUGUGCCACUCUGCAAAGAGGACUGUGAGGAGUGGUGGAAGGAUUGCAAGGACUAUGUCACAUGCAAAGAGAACUGGCACAAGGGCUGGAACUGGGCAACAGGAACAAACCGCUGUCCUUGGGGCUCCAUUUGCAGACCCUUCAGCCAUGUCUUUCCCCAGCCGAAAGACCUGUGUGAGAAAAUCUGGUCCAACUCCUACAAAUACACCACAGAGCGCCGGGGCAGUGGACGCUGUAUCCAGAUGUGGUUUGACCCUGCCCAGGGAAACCCCAACGUGGUUGUGGCAAAGUACUAUGCUUGGAAAAAGAGAACCUCCCCUGCUUGGAUGGAAGAUGAGACUCCUGAAACUGACAAAGCUUUGUGUGUUCUGCCAUGGCCUCUCCUGACCUUGCUGCCUCUGAUCCUUCUGGUACUCCUUGAGAGAGCUGUUGGUCCCAUGGAUGCAGGGUUCUGUGACUGCUCCCUGAAGGGACAUGGCUUGAACUGCUCCAGGUGCCCUACAAGAAGAGCUGGCAUAGAUAACUUGGGUCUGUCUGUUCACACUGGUCACACCCUCCAGUAAGUGCUUUUGGCUGCUGCUGAAGGCAGUUGUUUCCUUGACAUCCUAGGAAGGGAAAUACUCUUUCUUAUGGUGUAAGAGCUCUUUUGCAUCUGUUCCCACCCUGUGACUGUGCUGGGUUGGAAGUGCUUGUUCAAGGUCCUUGGCUGAGCUCUGAUGUUUGGUCCUUCAGGCUGCUCUGACUAUCUGAACGGUGGGAAUGAUAAUAAAAUAUUCCUUUGA